CACUGGUGACUAUGAAUAGUUGCACACUUCAAAAUGCGUAAAGGCUUCAUGUGAACAGGAAGAAUCAUGCGUUCUAUUCAUAAUAAGAAUUUUUUAAAAAACUAAACAAAGGAAGUUCAAGGAGGCCAGAGUCUUCUGACAUUUGAGGUGUUGAAAACCCUCCCUGUAGAAACGCUACACAAACAAACUCGUCAUGUGUUUGUACCUGGAGCAGGAAGCUGUGGCCUCAGUGACACACUCAGAAUGUAGAUGUGAUGCAGCCCCCCAGUUCACCAGCCGCUCAGUCAGCCUGUGCAUCAGCAGCAUGGAGAUAGCAGCGCUGUGCGCCGUGGUGGCGUCUCUGACGGUUCUUCCGGACAGAUCCCAGUUCUUCCAGUUGGAGUCCAUCUCUCUGAGCUGUGAACAGCAGGGAAGCUCUUCUGGGUGGACGGUGAUGAGGAACACAUCCAUAAACGUAAACCAAAAGUGUCCCACAUACGGGACAGAAAUACCUGAAUUUGGCUGCGUAAUCGACGACCUUUUCCCAUCAGACAGUGGAGUUUACUGGUGUGAGUCUGGAGCCGGGGAGUGCAGCGACACCGUCAGCAUCACUGUGACAGCUGAUUCUGUGAUUCUGGAGAGUCCAGCCCGUCCAGUGAUGGAGGGAGAAGCUGUGACUCUUCGCUGCAGACACAAGACGAGCUCGUCCUCCAGUCUGACGGCUGAUUUCUACAAAGACGAGCUUCUGAUUGGGAGCAGCUCUACGGGAAACUUCACCAUCACAAAUGUUUCCAAGUCUGAUGAAGGACUCUACAGGUGCAACAUGUCCGGAGGUGGAGACUCACCGAGCAGCUGGCUGCUUGUCAGAGAAGCAGACGAUCCCCCAUCGCCUGACUACCGCCUCGAACUACUUCUGCUUCCUGUGGUAGGCGUCUUCCUCUUCCUGAUCUUGCUGAUGCUGCUCUGCCUCUGGAGACAACACAAAGGUAAAGUGGACCCUGCCGUCUCCUACACUGAUGUCAGCAUCAUGCCGCCGGUCAAAGCUCACAGGAUCAGAGAUCUGGACUCUGGGCCGACGUUCUAUUCGACGCUGAACCUGGACGCCAUCUGACCCGUCCGGAUGUUCUGGAGGAAGAUCCUCAGCUUUGAAUAUUUAUACAAACCUGCGUACUUGAAGGAAAAGUGUGUCUCCGUGUUGUCGCGUGACGUCUGUUUGUCGUCAGUUUUAAUCGGUUUCUUGCUGAUUUGUGGACUUUGUGUCGUUUUCAUCACGUUUUGGUCAUUUUGAGGUGAAGUUUUGCAGCUUUUUUGUUCAUUUAUUUGUUGUCUUGUGUCUCUUUAAACUUAUUUUGUGUUACUUACGGCAUCUUCAUCGGUACAGUCUGUAUUUGUAUCGUUUGUGUUUUGUUUUUGUCGUCAUUUUGACUCCUUGUGGUCGUGUUUUGUGUUUGUCUGACGGCCUUUUGACCCUUUGAAGUCAUUCUGCUUUACUUUGUGGUCAAUUUGUGUGACUUGUCGUUUUGCAACUCCUGCCAUCCCUCCACAGUCAGAUCUCGAUGUUGUUUUGCAUCUUUUUGGAGAUACUGUCUGUAUUUGUGGUCUUUUAAUUGCGUUUGUGUGUCUUUUUGUACUAAUUUUGACUCUUUGUGGUCAUUUUUCAUCCAUUUUGUAAAGUCUUGCAUUGA